UUUUCACAGAGGAAUUAGCAGUCAGAAUGAGGAGAAUGAAUGCAGGAGUGAGAAUUGGAGAGGAUAAAGUAUGUGUGUUGUUGUAUGCGGAUGAUGUGGUGGUUAUGAGUGAGUCUGCUGAAGAACUACAGAGUCUCCUAGAUGUGGUAGGGGGUUAUGGAAGGGAUUUUGGGGUUAGGUUCAGUAGUGAGAAGAGCAAAGUAAUGAUAGUGAAUAGGUCAGAGGAUGAGAGAGAAACAACUUGGAGACUGGAAGGGGAUGAGUUGGAACAGACGGAAGAAUACAAGUAUCUAGGGGUGUGGAUGGAGGUAAAUGGAUGCGGCAGGGCCAAGAAUGUAAAGAUAAGUAUGGCAAACCAGUGGGUAGGCCGUUUAGGGAGUGCAGCGAGGAUGAGAGCGAGCAAGUAUGAUGUCAUCCGUGAGGUUUGGAAGAGUGUGGCUGUCCCGAGCAUUAUGUAUGGAAUGGAUGUGAUGACAUGGAAUGACAGUGAGAUAGAAAAAUUGGAAGUGGGGCAGAAUAGGGUAGCAAGAAUGGCACUGAAUGCUCCAAGGUUUGCAGCAGUAGAGGCUCUUAGGGGGGACAUGGGAUGGAGCACGUUUAGGGAAAGACUAGUAAAGGCAACCUUGAGAUAUAAAGUGAGACUGGAACAAAUGGAGGAUGCAAGAUUAGCAAGGAAAGUAUACUUGUGGAGUAUAAGAGAUGGCAAAUGGGCGAAUAAAUGUGGGCGAAUGAUAGACAGGAAUGUUAUGCUAAGUAGGUGGGUGUACCGACCCUUUGAAGAUAGACAGAAUGUGUUUGAAUGGAGAAUAACAAACAGAAAUGGAGAGGGGUUUGAGUGGGAUGUAAGAAAGUGGAAGAAUGUGAUAGAUAUGGCAGUUAAAGAUGAGGGAUUGAGCAAGUGGAAGAAUGAGAUGGAAAGAAAGGAAACUCUCGACUGGUAUAGGGAGAAAGAGGCCCCAAAGUGUGAGGUGUGGUAUGAGGGAAGCCUGGGAGGUGAUCUUCUUUUCCGUGCUAGAGCGCAGUGUCUGGAUGUGAAUGCAAGGAACUAUAGAUGGUCUGAGUCCCGCAGCAAAGUAUGCCAGAUGUGUGACAGGGGUGUGGACGAGACUGUGCAGCAUGUAGUGCUGGAAUGCAAGAAGUAUGACAGGGAGAGAACGAAGAUGAUGCAUGUGUUUUUGAGCGAGAUGGGACGUGAUGUAAACGGGAGGACUGGAAGGGAGUGGAUGGUGCUGCUGCUGGGGCUCAGUGGAGAGACGAGUGGACGAGUGAUUGAGGCAGUGAAAGAGUUCUUGGAGGGCAUGUGGCGUGCAAGAUGUAGGGAAUGAUAUCUUGCCCCGAGAACAUUGACUUCCCGCAUGUUUUGUUUUCUCUUCACAGGAACUGCCGAUAUAAAGGCCUGGCUGGGGAGAAAUCCCGAGCCACCUGUGACAUCAAGAUCAAGAUCAAGAUCCCUGAAGUGCCCUGGCAGUGUUUCUCGUGGAGGAGGAGGAGCCCCUCGGCGUGCAGGCCCCCAGGCACAUGACUUUGUGUCCCAAUGUCCACCACUGGUGUUAGUGUUGAAGUGAGGCAUCGAGACAGUUGCUGUGGUCAGUACUUGUUCCGUCCCUGCUGCCGCUGACUUCAGGACUCCUUGGUGCAUCCCUCGCCUUGCCUGCUCAAUUGGUCACUGAGUGUGGCUUUGAAGCAACCUUGCCGCCUUCUCCAGCAUCUCUGAGGUUCCUCAAGGCCAGCCAACUCCUCACAUCCAGAGUAGUGUUGCAGUGGAGGCUGCAAGGCGGGACAGCAGCUGGAGUGGCUGGGAUCAGCAGGAGCAGACUGCUACUGGUGUGAGGUUCAGGAGUGAUAAAAAACACCACCAACACAACCACCAACAACAACAACAACUGCUGGCCUCUUCAUCCACAAAGGGGGAAGUUUGAAUUUCAGAAGUGUGAGAAGAUCUGAGAAUGAGAGCAAGUUUACUGACCAAAGCCAAGAGUGUGAGAAAAGACAUGCAGGGAAGGAUGACCUCAACAAAUACACCCACACACUCUGGUGUAAGACCUCAUGAAAGUCGGGAGUGUGGCAAAAGGUUUAGUAAUAGGAGUAACCCCAAACAUUACACCCUUACACACACUGGUGCAAGAAACCAUGAGUGUGAAGUUUGUGGGAAAUGUUUCAAUCAGAAGGGUCACCUCAACACACACACCCUUACACACACCAGUGCAAGAAAUCAUGAGUGUGAAGUUUGUGGGAAAUGUUUCAAUCAUAAGGGUCACCUCAACACACACACCCUUACACACACUGGUGCAAGAAACCAUGAGUGUGAAGUUUGUGGGAAAUGUUUCAAUCAGAAGGGUCACCUCAACACACACACCCUUACACACACCAGUGCAAGAAAUCAUGAGUGUGAAGUUUGUGGGAAAUGUUUCAAUCAUAAGGGUACCCUCAAAUUACACACUCUUACACACACUGGUGAAAGAAAUCAUGAGUGUGAAGUUUGUGGGAAAUGUUUCAGUCUGAAGGGUACCCUCAAGAAACACACUCUUACACACACUGGUGAAAGAAAUCAUGAGUGUGAAGUUUGUGGGAAAUGUUUCAGUCGGAAGGAUAACCUCAAAAUACACCUUGUUACACACACUGAUGCAAGAAAUCAUGAGUGUGAAGUUUGUGGGAAAUGUUUCAGUCAGAAGGGUACCCUCAAAUUACACCUUGUUACACACACUGGUGAAAGAAAUCAUGAGUGUGAAGUUUGUGGGAAAUGUUUCAGUCGGAAGGGUACCCUCAAAUUACACCUUGUUACACACACUGAUGCAAGAAGUCAUGAGUGUGAAGUUUGUGGGAAAAGGUUCAAACUGAAGAGUAUAUUGGACAGGCACGUCUUCAGACACUCUGGUCAUAAAGGGUUCAAGUGCGAUGUUUGUGGGAAACGUUUCAUGACUAAGUGUGAUAUUGUCAGGCACAUGAAGGUCCACUUCUCCUGAGGUGCUGUGCUGAUUCAGUUCUGCUGUGUGUGUGAGUGCAAGUGUUUGUUGUGGUGGCGUUACAGGGCUGUGUGUAGCACAGAGAACAGAAAAUAUUCAUCUGUUGGAACAAAUGAUGACUGUGACGGCAUGAUCUGUUAUUCACUUUCCACCCCAGGCUUCAUGUGGUUGGUGGGUCCUGUGAAAGGUCUGAUCUUUUUGGUGACUGUGCUGGGCUGGCUGUUGUGGCCUGGGCUUAUUGGUCAAGUGUGUGUGUGUUAAUAGUAAUAAUAUAGUGUAUUUGGUCUUACCAGCCGCUAAGCUAAAAAUGUACACAUUAUAAACACAUUGUAAAGAACAGUAGGUAGGGGUUCAGGGAUCUAACACAUCAGUGGGAGGUUGGAAUGAUAGUGGUGGGAGGGUUGAGUGCAGUGUGGUGGUGCCGGGGAGGGGGAGGACAUCCUCUUCCAGAUGGUGGCAAGGUGUUAGUCCCAAGGUGUGACAUUCAUGUAGGUGUGAAAGAGGGGUGACGAUAUGAUUGAGCACAUGCUACUUGAGUGACGUAUGUAUAUAAGAGAGAAAAGGGGAUUAUGGUAACAGUUGUGACUGAAUGGAAUAGGAUGUUGGAGAGGGAUGUAAAAAGGUUAAAUGCAUGCAAUAUUAUUUCAGCUGAGGUCAUUUUCAAAGCAGACAAUUGUUGUCAUUCAGUAGAUCAUGUCAUUCUUAAUCAUCAGAAAUCAUUUUCAAGACUCAAUUCAGACCUGUCACAUUGCGUAGAUCUUGUCAUUCUUAGUCAGUUGAGGUCAUCUUGAAGCCAACCAUUCUUGUUUCAUAGUUCAAUUCUUGUCAUUUUCCCUCUUUUUGUUCCUCGGAUAUAUUUUUCAAAUUAAUAUCAUUUAUUUCCAUUUAUUUCAUUUUGGGAGCAGGCAUAAAGGCCAGGUUAUGUUAGGUUACCUUAUAUUUAGUUUAAUUAGGUCAGAUCAGGUUAGGUUACAUUUAAUUUGAUUAGGGUAGUUAGUUUUAAUUGUGUUCAAUGAAUGUGUAAUAUGCUUCAGUUAUAUAAUGUGUACUCGCCAUUGCCAAUGCAGUUUGAGUAUUACAGCUUGAUGUAGCACGUAACAGCUGAUACAGCACAACAAAUAAGUAAUUACUGAGAAAUCAUCUAUACAGGAAGGUAGUUGGUGUGGAAGAGAAAUGGCUACUAACUCUGCCCUGUGCACAGGGGGUGAUAAGUGGUGCCACAAAGAGAUGCUCAGGGCUGAGAAAUGUAAAUCAAGUAGUGGUGCAUUACAGGUGCCCAGUUUGUGAAAGACGGGACAGGAAACGGAGGAAAUAGGUAACUGGAACUGUGUGGCAAAGCAGAAGGGAGGAAAGGACCUGCAGAAGCCACUGCCUCAACAGACUAUUGGAAAUGGUUUGACUAUAGUAAGUCUG